AUUUUAAAAUUAAAAAUAUAAAAUGAGUUUUUUGGUUUUGUUUUAAAAAGAUAAUGCUGUCCCCAUUUUUGAACAGUUGAUUCCAUGGCACAGUUGGGCUCCCUGGGUCAUGUGACACUUCUCGCUGAACUCAGUGUUGUCCUCUCAGUCACCUCACUGCAGGGCUCUCCUGUUCGUCCUCAGGGUCACAUUGUCCACAACUGGAAGGCGCGAUGGUUCAUCCUUCGGCAGAACACACUGCUGUACUACAAGCUUGAGGGGGGUCGGAAGGUGACCCCUCCCAAGGGCCAGAUCCUUUUGGAUGGCUGCACCAUCACCUGCCCCUGCCUGGAGUAUGAAAACCGACCUCAUCUCAUUAAGCUGAAGACACAAACGUCCACCGAGUACUUCCUGGAGGCCUGUUCCCGAGAAGAGAGGGAUGCCUGGGCCUUCGAGAUAACGGGGGCUAUUCACGCGGGGCAGCCGGGGAAGGUCCAGCAGCUGCACAUACUCAAAAACUCCUUCAAGCUGCCGCCUCACAUCAGCCUGCAUCACAUCGUGGACAAGAUGCACGACAGCAGCAGUGGAAUCCGGCCAAGCCCCAACAUGGAGCAGGGAAGCACCUACAAAAAGACCUUCAUAGGCUCCUCCCUGGUGGACUGGCUUAUCUCCAACAGCUUUUCUGCCAACCGUCUGGAAGCUGUGACCCUGGCCUCCAUGCUCAUGGAAGAGAACUUCCUGAGGCCGGUAGGUGUCCGAAGCAUGGGAGCCAUUCGCUCUGGAGACCUGGCCGAGCAGUUCCUGGAUGACUCCACAGCCCUGUACACUUUUGCUGAGAGCUACAAGAAGAAGAUAAGCUCCAAGGAAGAAAUUAGUCUCAGCACUGUGGAGUUAAGUGGUACAGUGGUAAAACAAGGCUAUCUGGCCAAGCAGGGGCACAAGAGGAAAAACUGGAAGGUGCGACGCUUUGUCCUGAGGAAGGAUCCGGCUUUCCUGCAUUACUAUGACCCUUCCAAAGAGGAGAACCGGCCAGUAGGUGGGUUUUCUCUUCGUGGUUCACUCGUGUCUGCUCUGGAGGAUAAUGGCGUUCCCACUGGGGUUAAAGGAAAUGUCCAGGGGAAUCUCUUCAAAGUGAUUACCAAGGAUGACACGCAUUAUUAUAUCCAGGCCAGCAGUAAGGCUGAGCGAGCUGAGUGGAUUGAAGCUAUCAAAAAGCUAACGUGACAAUGUGUUCCCGAAGGAACAGGACAGGAUUCCUCCCUCCUAUCAGAUGGUACAGGCAAGAUUUCUUGGAGAAGGGGAGAGUGUUAAGACUUUUAGCUUCUUUGUAUAUUUUAUACGGCCUUGCAGUGAGACUGGAGUUCCUUCGAUCGCAAUUGGCAGUGGUGCUGUUUCCUUCCCCACCUUCCUGUUAAUAGCCUGGAAAUGCUAGAACUGCCAUUAGCCCGCAGCAUCUUGACUUUCACCCAUCCUCAUGACUAGCCAUUCCUCCCGCACCAAAGCAGGUUUCCUGGUUUUAACACUAACUAGCCAUAUUGUAAUACUAAAUUAAACACUAGUCUCAU